GAGAGAGAGAGAUUUUCACCCCUAUAAAUCAGGGUCCAUUCCACACCUUGAUGGGUCCAUCUCUCGAAGUUAGUUUCAAUGGAGAGAUCUGUUCAAGCUCUCAUGCUCCUUCUCUUACUGUUCUUUGCAGGCAUCAUAGCUUCAACUGAGGGUUUGGUGGAGGAGGAGCAUGGAAGGAACUUGGUUUCUGUUGUAAGGAAGAACAAGCACGGGCACAGGCAUUCUGGGUUUUCUCAAGCUGAGUGCCCUGGUGCAUGCUCAUUUAGGUGCUCAAAGACACAACACCACAAGCCGUGCAUGUUCUUCUGCCAGAAGUGUUGCUUCAAGUGUAGAUGUGUGCCCCCAGGAACGUACGGUCACAAGGAGGUCUGCCCUUGCUACAAUAACUGGAAGACACAGACUGGUGGGCCCAAAUGCCCCUAAAAAAGUUAAGAAUCAGGACCAUUGCCUCAAAUUUCAGGGGCAAAAUAUCUAUAAUUAGAUUCUCAUUUUUCUAUGAUUUGUGAGCAUUACUCUCCUUGUUUAAGGUAUUGAAAGAAGGGUCUUGAUUUUUGGGCCCUUCUUUUUUAUAACUAGUACGCUUGUAAUCUAAACCUUUUUAUAGGGUUUUGAUUAUUUUAUGAAAGUUAUUGGAGUUCAAUGUCCUUCCAUUGCUUUGUUUUUA